CAGUAAUUUAAAAUCACAAGAUAAUUAAAAUUACUUGAAAUAAUUACUUUGUUUUACACAAAAUAAUACAAAAUGUCCGUUAACGAAAUGUCCGUAACACAAGAACAAUCUCAAAAGACGGUACCCUCUGAUCAAAAGCUCAGCCAGAGCGAAUCCAGUCAGACUACAUUGUACAAAAUGAGCAAAGGGACAAUAUCUUUAAUGGAAAAGAGGCAAAUGUAUCGGGUCAUCGACGACGGAAUGGACGCGACCCCAGACAACAUCGUAGACCCAGAAUACGUGCUGAUGGAGGACACACACACGCACGCCGCAUUCGGAGGCAGAUCUGAUAAAGUAAUCAAAAGUGACAUCGGCAUUAAAGCAACAAAAUCAAAGUCAAAGACUACAGUAGAGGUGGCAAUGAAAGUGUAUACGACCACCAUCUCCCUUGACGACAUCUAUAUCGAUCAUACAAAAGACACCGGCGAGAGCUUCACCACGGAAGAGAUAGAUCUAGAAAUAGCACCAUCGGCAUUUUACAUGCCAAUACAAAAACCAGUCAUGGAGUAUCCAGAAGAAAUUUUUGUCGUCCUCAAAGAGACGGACACGGAAUUCCUCUUUGAAUUACCCAGCUUUUCAUACGAAAGAGGGACGAUAGAAGCGAAUACCGUCGAAGAACAAAACAAUUACUAUCAAUACAUAACCGUCGGAAAAGGAAGGAAUCGCAAAAUGGUGACUGAGGAAACUCAAACGAAAGAAUGCGUGUCGCAAUCUCGACACACGGUCGCUACGAGGCCGAAGAAGAAAAAUGCGAUAUCUUUUGCCUCCCUGUGGGACAUGCACGACACAUACGCACAACUCGCUAAGAUAGCGAGGCAGGAGGAAACAGACGAAAUGGUUAUGUAUCAAUCCGUGGAGCCCAGACUGCUGCGAAAGAAAAAAAAGAUUCCAGGCGAAGCUACCGAACUCAAAGGGAUAAGCUACAAGGAUAUUUGCAACACUCCAGCAUUUUUGGAUGCCGUUCUGUUAACGGAGCGCGUUCUCGCCACGAUGCAGUUUGCCAAUGCCCAGAAAAAAUUCCGAGGACUGGUACAGUUUAAUCCCCUAGCCCUCGAUCUCCAGUACGUUUACACGUUGAAACCUCUUUGGACUUUAGAAUGUAACGAAACGGCUGGCCGACCGAUCACCGGAAUAUCGUUCAAUCCGAGAAACUCUAACAUUGUGGCCGUGGCGCACGGAAAAUUUACUUACGCGGAGACUUUCAAUGGCCUAAUCAGCAUUUGGUGCACGAAGAACCCCUGCGUUCCCGAGAGAUUGUACCGCUUCGACCAGCCUGUCACCGCAGUCGCCUUCUCAGAGAAGAACCCCAAUUGGCUCGCGUGCGGUUACCACAACGGCGACGUCCUUAUCCUGGACAUCACGUCGUACUCUAUCAAGACUGUGGCCAAAAGCAAACGCGACACCAACCCCUGCUUCGAGCCGAUAUGGCACAUCAAUUGGCACUUUAUUGACUCGAUCCAAUUUGUUAUAACGACCUGCCAAGACGGCCGGAUAAACCGAUUCCGGAGCACGAAGACGCACGACUUCAUCUGCUCGCCGAUAAUGCGUAUGGCGACAGUGGAGGGGCAGCUAAAGGGCCUGGAGACCGCGAAGGUGUGCGUCAACGUGGACGUGCCGAUCAUCCGGCACCCGGCGGUGCUCUGUAUGAAGUGGCACAGCGAAAUAGAUCACAUAUAUUUUGUGGGAACCGACGAGGGUUGCAUUUAUAAAUGUUCGACGCAUUACUCUAAUCAGCACAUCGAGGUGAUCCGAGCGCACGCGGGGCCAGUGUUCAACAUGACAUUCUCGCCGUUCAUGGAACGGCUGCUGGUAACGUGUGGUGCAGACAACGCCAUUCGGCUGUGGCUGGAGGAGCUGGACGACGUCAUCAUGACGCUGAACUGCCCCGCCGCCGUGUACGACGUCGCCUUCUGCCCAGUCAACUCUACGGUCCUCAUCUCUGUAAGCGGCAACGUGCUCUCGAUAUGGGAUCUACGUAGGAAAAAUCACAUUCCCUGCGCUGAGUACAAGUUUCCGGGUAAUGUCGUACUGAAUUUUGUAAAGUUUUCAAAGUCCGGCGAUAACGUGUUUGUGGGUGAUACGUUAGGGCGCGUGCACACGUUCCACUUGGAGGACACGCCCAUACCGCCCUUCUAUCAGCACAAAAUAUUAGACGAGACGAUAAAGAAAGCGCUGUGUACGAGACCUCAGUUAUUGAAGCAGUUGCAAAAAAUUGAGAAAUAUAAAGAUCGUCACUAUAAGUAAUGCUAUAUUUUUCAUUGUUAAGCUAUAUAAAACAUAAAUUAAGUAUUUGGUAAUCAGAACUUUAAGUCGGAUUGAUAAGAAAAACGAAUCUGUUUCUAUUUACUGGGCCAACGCUUUGAGGUACUUUGUUAAGUGGGAUUUGUUAGUUUUUCAUACUAUUACAGCUUCUUAGACUU